AUGGCUGCCCCCAAGACCGACGCCCCGGUCGCUGCGGCUCCCCAGCUCAGCGGUCUGCAGCUCUACUCCAGAUUCGCCUUCGCUGGUGCUGUCUGCUGCUCCGUCACCCACGGUGCUCUCACUCCCGUCGAUGUCGUCAAGACCAGAAUCCAGCUUGACCCCGUCACCUACAACCGUGGCAUGAUCGGUGGUUUCCGUCAGGUUAUCGCCAACGAGGGUGCUGGCGCUCUCCUGACUGGUUUCGGUCCCACCGCCGCCGGUUACUUCCUCCAGGGUGCUUUCAAGUUCGGUGGUUAUGAGUUCUUCAAGCAGCAGUGCAUCAACCAGCUCGGUUACGAGACUGCCUCCAACAACCGUACCGCCGUCUACCUCGCCUCGUCUGCCUGCGCCGAAUUCUUCGCCGACAUUGCCCUCUGCCCUCUGGAAGCCACCCGUAUUCGUCUCGUCUCUCAGCCUGACUUCGCUAGCGGUCUCAUGAGCGGUUUCACCAAGAUCCUCAAGAACGAGGGUGUUGGUGCUUUCUACUCUGGUUUCGGUCCCAUCCUCUUCAAGCAGGUCCCCUACACCAUGGCCAAGUUCGUCGUCUUUGAGAAGGUCUCUGAGGCUAUUUUCCGCACCGUCGAUAAGGAAUCCCUCUCCGAUGGCUCCAAGACCGCUGUCAACCUUGGCUCUGGUCUGAUCGCUGGUUUCGCUGCCGCCCUCGUCUCCCAGCCCGCUGACACCAUGCUGAGCAAGAUCAACAAGACCCCUGGUGCUCCUGGUGAGGGUACCGUCUCUCGUCUGGUCAAGAUCGGUAAGGAGCUCGGCUUCCGUGGCUCCUACGCCGGUAUUGGUGCUCGUCUCUUCAUGGUUGGUACCCUGACUGCCGGUCAGUUCGCCAUCUACGGUGACAUCAAGCGUCUCCUGGGUGCCACUGGCGGUGUUGAGAUCUCCAAAUAG